AUGGUCAAGAAACAAGGCAGUGGUAGCAAUGCUACCGUAUCGAAAUUCGUUCAAUUCUCAGAAUCUUUAGGAACAGCGUACUCUUCAUACCUAAAGGAAGUUAACGGUAACAAGCAGCUGUUAUUAAUUGAUUCAUUCCUAGCAUUUUUAGUUGUCUUAGGUGUUGUACAAUUCUUGUUUGUGUUAUUGAUCAGGGACAAUUUCCCAUUCAAUGCAUUUUUGUCUGGGUUCAUCAUAUGUGUUGGUCAAUUUGUGUUACUAGUAUCACUAAGGUUACAGUUAAUAUCACCAUUCGAAGGCAUUUCAAAACAAAGAGCAUUUGGUGAAUUCAUUGUGGCAAGUUUAGUUUUACAUUUCAUUAGUGUACACUUUGUCAAUUAG